AUGGCCCUACGGAGGCCUCCUUGGGAGGGCUGCUUCUCUGGGCUUAUCCUGGCGGAGGUGCAGUGUUGCCCACGGCUCACUGUACCUGUGCCGGGGAAAAAACAAUCCGUGUCAGACAUUGUGGCCGUGGCUCUCAUUUUCCUAACUAUUCCCGUCCCCCCAGCCCUCCCGUCUGCCCUGACCACUGGCAUUAUUUACGCCCAGAGGAGGCUGAAAAAGAGGAGAAUUUUCUGCAUCAGCCCGCAGAGGAUCAACAUCUGCGGGCAACUCAAUCUGGUGUGCUUUGACAAGACUGGCACCCUGACGGAGGAUGGCCUGGACCUCUGGGGCACCAUCCCUUGCCAAGGCGGCAGCUUCCAGAAUGUCCACAGCUUCUCCUCCGGCUCGCCACUGCCCUGGGGGCCGCUCUGCAUCGCCAUGGCCACCUGCCACUCGCUGCUGGUUCUGGAGGGGAAGAUUCAGGGAGAUCCGCUGGACCUGAAGACGUUUGAGGGCACCGGCUGGGUGAGUCCUCUGACCUGGCAGCUGUACAGGCAGAAGAAGUCGGUUGACCCAGAAGGGAAGGAGCUGCAAGCAAGGGCUGUCUCUCUUCCCAGCCUUUCCGCUUUGCUGGCAAGUGGGGUGGGCCGUGGGGUCGGCGGGAAUUUCUUCCUCUUCCCCUCGACAGUUCCAAGGAACUUUGUAAAGGAGCUCAAAGUCUACACAUCACAAGGCUUCCGAGUCAUUGCGCUGGCACAGAAGGCACUGGCCAUGGGCGAGGGUGCAGAUCUGGAUGGCUUGGAAAGGGAGGAGGUGGAGUCUGGCCUGACCUUCCUGGGCCUUCUCAUCAUGGAGAACCGGCUGAAGAGCGAGACCAAACCCGUCUUGGAGGAACUCAUGGGUGCCCGCAUCCGGAGCGUGAUGGUCACAGGUGACAAUCUGCAGACGGCCGUCACCCUCGCUAAGAACUCUGGGAUGGUUUCCAGCAGCAGCAGAGUGAUCCUCGUGGAAGCAAGUGAGCCGGAGGGAUCCAUCCCAGCAUCCAUUAGCUGGCAGCUAGUGGAAGACAUGCAUCAGCACUCUGGGGAAAAGAAAGAUCUGGGCAUUUCCAUUGAGGACACGGCUGUUCCCAGGGAGUUCCAUUUUGCCUUGAAUGGGAAGUCCUACCAGGUCCUCAUGAAACACUUCAGCGGUUUGGUGCCAAAGGUCCUUCUGAAUGGGACCGUGUUUGCCAGGAUGUCUCCAGGGCAGAAGUCCAGCCUGGUGGAAGAGUUCCAGAAGCUAGAGUAG